AUGCAAUUUAGACGGCUUACAAGGUCUGUCUUUAAGCAUAUUGUUUGUGACAAGUACAUGACUCUUAUAAAAUACGUGAGAGGUGAUUUAUUCAGUGCCGUGACUACAGCCAAACCCGUAUUACUUGCACAUGCAUGUAAUUGCCUUGGUGUUUGGGGUGGUGGAAUAGCUGCUAUUUUCAAAAGGAAAUACCCCGGCAGUUACAAACUUUAUAACGAAUACUGCAAAAAGCAUUCAAAGAAUCCGGAAUCUAUUCUUGGAACUUCAUUGCUAGUUCCUGCAGUGCAGCAAGAAAAUGUUAUUGUCGUCUGUCUAUUUACAAGUGUCAUUGGCCAAGAAUCGCCCCAUGAAAUUGCCAAAAACACGGAAAUGGCAAUGCUUGAUUUGAAGAAUAAGUUGCAGCACCCUGAAAUGAUCGGAGAUUUACACGUGCAAGAGAUGCUGAAGGAUGCCAUUGGAAAGGAAUUAUCUGUUAAUAUGCCUAAGAUUAAUAGUGGUAUCUUUGGUGUACCUUGGGAAUUCACUGAAGAUGCUCUUGAAAAGGCAGACAUGAAAUGUACAGUCUACGAAUUAUAG